GUUGCGUAAUAUUUGUGUAUACAUUUUAUUUUCGUCGUUAUUUUGUAAUACUGUUAUUUUAGUACCAGCAAAACUGUUUGAAUAAAACGGUAGCUCACCGCGCUUUUGAAAAUCGAAUGAAACGAGUUUUGACACUUAGAGCCGUUAGAUGUUUUGAUUUUUGUUCGCAACGCAAACGAACCAAUUUACUUUAUCUAACCCAGAUAAUGUUUUGGUUACAAUAAUGUGUGUAUGAUCGUGUUAAUUGUGGCGAAAGACUCAUUAGCAGAACCAGAGUUUGUGCUCUCUAUAAAGAUGGGAAGUAAUAGCAGUAAACAGAACAAUGAGGCAGCUGCUCAAUUGCAAAAAAACAAUGAUGUUGUUGAUGGUAAUUCGGAUCCCAGGUCGCCAACACCUGAGAUUGUACGGACGCCGUUACAGGGCAAAGCUGGAAUGAAGCAUAACAUUACUAAAAAUGCCGACUUACGAAAGACGUUCGAAAACUCUAAUGGCGAAGAAAAAUUGAUUCACAACAAUCCUAUACUUUCAGCUGUUAUAAAGAAUCAUUUACAGUCUUAUGACCCUCGUUCACCGACACAAGAAUUUGAACGCACUCCCAUUAUAAUUGCAUCGAAAAUCGAGGACUUCGCCAAUGACAAGAAGCUACUUCAGCAAAAUAAGUAUAACUUUGGAAGCCCAUGUUUGGGGAAAGAUGAUAGUGAUGAAAACUAUGACAGCUGUGCAGAAGCACAAGAAAGCCCAGAUAUUAUGGUCCCUAAAAAUCUUUGCAAUGGUUUCCUUGACAUGACAUUGAAUGAAACAUUAAAUGAUACGGGUGAACCUUUAGGAUCAUCUACAGCUUCAAAUGAAGCUAUUGAGAAUAAUAUCUCCAAUAGAAAAAGUGCGAAAGCAACACAGUUGUUAGAAACAAGUUUUGAUUAUGUUGAGACUGACCAAAUCGCAUGUAAUAAAGAAGAAGCUGUAGUUGAUGAUGAACCAAAAUAUGAUUUGGAACACAUACCUAUGUACAAAAUUUUGAAUGAAGAUCCUAGAUCACCAACAGCAGAGAUAGAGAGGACCCCCAUAGUUGUUGCAAAAUGUAAAGAUACAAACGAAGACAAUGUUGAAGACAUGUCAGAUGACACUCUGAUUAAAGUUCUUCAAACUGCAAAUUCAGGUUUACGUCAGUCUGUGAGGUCAUGUGAUGGCAUUGAAGGGGGAUUAUUGAUUUAUGAAGAUGAAUCUGGUGAUAUGCUUGAAACCCUAAAGAAAUCUAAAUCUCGCUCUAAUAGCGGGUCCAGAACUCCAUUGUCCUGUAUGAAAAAUAAAGAGGCAACACACACCCGAUCCAAAUCAGCUAAAACAGUACAAGAUCCUAAGAAUCAAGCAAUGUUACCUACAAAAAAUGUGAAAAGGGUAUCACAGAUUCCUCGUUUGAAAUGUUUAACAAAGUCUUCUAAGUUAACUCCUAGUGGGGACACAGUGUCUUUAAAAAAUGCAAUAACUAAAUUAACAGUUCUUGGAGUGGAUUGUGAGAACACUCCUCCUCACUCACACCGUGAUAGGUGGGACAAGGACAACAGUAUUGUCUUGUAAUAAACAGCUUUAGUAUUAAAAUUGUAUUAUUAGCCUAUUCUCAAGCCAAUGAGACUCGAUUGAAUAAUAAAUGAAACUUUUGAAAUAAUUAACUUUUUAUUAUGUAAUAGUGAUAUGGAUUGCCAUAUCUGUUUAUUAUUAACACCAAAUCAACUCAAACCGACAUGGUGUUUCUAGUCUCCUUGGCCAGGCUUUGUGUCUUUGAAAUAAUUGUUAAAUUUACAUUGACCUUUCUUAUAAUGUUUAUUGUUAGAUGUUUUGUCAAUUUGAAUUCCUCAAGUACCUAUUGACAUAAAGACUUAUUGACCCUUAUUUAGUAAUUGUAAGUACUUAUACUUCUAAUAAAGAC